AUUAGUAACAUGGCGACUAAGAGAAAAUUUAACAUCGCUCCAACUGUCCAGCAAAUCCAGGCUGACGUAUUGACGCAGCUGUCAAAAAAAUACUGGGCUCCAUUCAGUGAUUUGCCAAGACUACCAUAUAAUGCUCAGGUUAUUGAUGAUAUUUAUGCAAUGGAGCUGAAGAAGACACACUACUCCACUAGAAGAAUUAUGCUAUUGGAAUACAAUCAGUUUUUAGAAAAUUAUUUAUGGCCGAAUUAUACCAUCAAGUCAACUCGAGCCCACGUCCUCUGCAUCGUGUCUAUGGUUAACGAGAAGUUCAGAGAAAGAGUUCCAGCCUGGAAUUGCUUCCAGUCCAGUGGUGAAUUGUUUGAGGACUUCUUCCACAGAGUUGUCCUCAUCAGCCUCGAGAAGGACAUCUCAUAUGCCGAGCUCUGCGUCGUCAUCACCUUCUUCAUACACGCAUUUAAUAGUCUUGGGAGUGAUUUAGUUAGGAACCAGGUGAUGAAGUUGGUUACUUUGUUGAUGUGGAAGAAUAUUCAUCAGUCCUUAAGAGAAUGGAUAUUCGAAGAAAACACGACACACAAAAAAGUUUGGAAGAAGUUAAACAAGGCGUUUGAUUCGUUGGAGGGCCAGAAAAAAGUAGAUGCAGAGGUCGAGGUGAACUUCCUGGCUAACCACCUUGACAAGUUUCUAACUGUUGUCCAGUCGUUUCAAGUUACCGGUCCCAUAGAACCGCACAAAGUGGAUUAUUGUGAGAGAUUCAUUGAGUGGAUGAUUGAUUUGCUGGCCCAACUGCCUACCAGGAGAUUGUUCAACACUCUGUUUCAUUCCAAGCAUUUCAUUGUUAUAUGCAGAGGAAGCAACUUGCUGAAGCGAGAGGAAGGCAAGUUAUUCACCGAAUUAAUGGACAUGUUACAAUUCUAUGCAAAGUUUGAAAUCAACGACAAAUCAGGAGAGGCGUUGAAUGAGCGUGAGGUCCUCAUUGGCUGCUACGAUAAGAUGGCCAGAUUGCAGAAAGCAAUCUUCAAGAACUUUCCAGAAUUGAAAAGUGUGGCCCUGCAGAGUGCCUCAAAUGUCAACUGUCGAAAACAACUAAUUAAGCAUUUUUCAACAUUACCGAACAAGAGGCUCCACGAGUUGGUGGCCGCCAUGCUCCUAGUUCCCUCUCCUAACAAACAACAACAGCAACAACAACAACUACAACAGCUACUUUCUCCACAACAACAACUUCUUCCACAACAACAACAGCAACUGAGGCAGUCCCAACUGGAGCAGCUGAACACCACACCUCUCUACCCAACUGAGCAGAUUAUUUGGAAUGAAAAUAUCGUGCCUGUGGAGUAUGCAGCCGGAGGUCUGGCCUUGCCGAAGUUGAACCUCCAGUUCCUCACAAUUCAUGAUUACUUGCUGAGAAACUUCAACCUGUUCAGACUGGAGUCUACUUAUGAAAUUAGACAAGAUGUUGAAGACGCUGUCUAUAGGAUGAAGCCAUGGCUUGGAGCAGAUUGUGAUUGUCAUUUUGGUGGUUACGCUCGCAUGGCACACACCAUAUCAUCUUUUACAGUUGUUGAGGUGGCCAAACCGAACGUCGGCGAGAACCAGCCAGCCUGUGUGAGAGCAGACCUCACCAUCAGCCUCAACCUGAAGAAUAACUUUCACAAAGAAUGGCUCGCCCUCCGUAAACAUGACGUCAUCUUCCUGGUCACCGUCCGGCCACAGUUUCCAACUGGCUACAAGUUCGAUUUCACCCAGCCAUUCAUACCACAAGUUGGUCUGACCUAUGUGAGAGGCUGUGAAAUUGAAGGGAUGCUUGAUGACGCCGGCAAGGUCAUCGAGGAAGGUGUGGAGCCAAAACCCACAGUUACAGGAGACAGUAGAACAUUCCGCGUGUUCCUUGAUGCUAACCAGUACUAUUCUGACCUCAUGAAUAUUAACAAGGGCAACGAAGACCCGUAUGAAACAUUCAACUUGGUCAUCCGCCGGAAACCGAAAGAAAACAACUUCAAAGCUGUCCUGGAGACCAUCAGAGACCUCAUGAAUAUUAAUUGCGUCGUCCCGGACUGGCUCAUUAACAUAAUUCUGGGCUACGGUGAUCCCUGGGCUGCUCAUUACUCCAAACUGCCAAACAACAUUCAAACGAUGGAUUGGAACGACACAUUCCUGAAUUUCGAUCACCUCAAAGCCUCCUUUCCUCACCAUGACGUCAUCCUCGCCACCAAGCAUGUUUACAACGACGAACGUGCCAAUGGUGUUCUUCCUGUUGAAGGGGAGGAUGGUGACGGAAAGAAAGGUGAUUCUAACAUGAAAGAUACGAUAAUCGUUCACCCUUACAAACAUGCAAACAGGGGUCCUUAUCGGUUCAAUCAACCUAGGAGAAACCAGAUCUUUUUUACACCGACACAAAUCGAAGCCAUCAGAUCCGGGAUGCAACCAGGGCUGACCAUGGUUGUUGGUCCUCCUGGAACUGGCAAGACGGACGUUGCCGUCCAGAUCAUCUCCAACAUCUACCACAACUUCCCCGAACAACGGACUCUCAUCGUCACUCACUCCAAUCAGGCUUUGAAUCAAUUGUUUGAGAAGAUCAUGCAAUUGGAUGUGGAGGAGCGCCAUCUGCUUAGGUUGGGUCACGGAGAGGAGGAACUGGAGACUGAAAGUGAUUACAGCAGGUACGGUCGUGUGAAUUUCGUACUGGAGCAGAGGUUGGAACUGUUGCAGCAUGUCAGCAGGCUGCACCAGAGUUUGAACCUGCCACUGAAUCAUGAGUACACUUGUGAACUGGCUGGCUAUUUUCAUGUUCAAGAGAUCCUGGCCAGGCAGGAGAAAUUUUUUAAUGACAUCAACACAGCCAGGAAGGAUGAGUCGUCGAACGCAGUUGAAGACACGGUAUUGGUUUCCAAGUGCUUUCCAUUCCAUCGAUUCUUUGAGGACGCACCAAAGCCCCUCUUUAAGAAGGAUUCAUUUGAAGAGGACCUUGAGGUGGCACGUGGCUGCUUUACUUACGUCAACAAGAUCUUCAAACAACUCGAGGAGUUUCGUCCAUUUGAGCUGCUUCGAAAUGGGAGGGAUCGAUCGAGGUACCUGCUGAUCAAGGAGGCCAAAAUAAUUGCCAUGACGUGUACGCACGCUGCUCUGAAGAGGAGAGAUCUGGUGGAGGCAGGCUUCCAGUACGAGAACAUCCUGAUGGAGGAGGCAGCCCAGAUACUGGAGAUUGAAACUUUCAUACCUCUCUUGCUACAGAACCCGGAGCAUGGAAUCAACCGUCUGAAGAGGUGGAUCAUGAUCGGCGACCACCACCAACUUCCUCCCGUCAUCAAGAACAUGGCCUUCCAGAAGUUCAGCAACAUGGAACAAUCUCUCUUCACGAGAUUCGUUCGUCUGGGAAUUCCCACUGUUGACCUUGAUGCUCAAGGUCGUUCUAGGCCAAGCAUAUGCAACUUAUUCAACUGGAGGUACAAGAACCUGGGCAACCUGCCACACAUUCUCAUGCGCCCCGAGUACAAGCAGGCCAACCCCGGCUUCUUCUUCGACUUCCAACUCAUCGACGUGCAAGAUUUCAACGGCGUCGGCGAGUCGGAGCCUAAUCCCUACUUCUAUCAGAACUUAGCAGAAGCGGAGUACGUAGUUGCCCUGUACACGUACAUGAGGUUGAUUGGCUACCCAGCCGACCAGAUAACCAUUCUGACGACGUACAACGGACAGAAGCACCUCAUCAGAGAUGUCAUUCAGCGCAGGUGCGCCAACAACAAACUACUCGGCAGACCUCUCAAGGUGACCACAGUGGACAGGUACCAGGGUCAGCAAAAUGACUACAUACUGCUCAGUCUUGUGAGGACCAAGAAUGUUGGCCACCUCAGAGAUGUGCGUAGGCUGGUGGUGGCGAUGUCCCGCGCUAGAUUGGGCCUCUACAUUUUCGGUCGGGUGUCACUGUUUCAGAACUGCUUCGAGUUGACGCCCACGUUCAGUCAGCUGAUGAAGAGGCCGAUGAAGCUGUGGCUCGCUCCAUUCGAGCGUUUCGCUACUCACAGACUGAACGAAGUCCCACCCCCUGGCACCCCACUGGUCAUGGAAAACAUGCCCCACAUGACGCAGUACGUUUUCGACUUCUACAAGGAACACGUUCAGCAACUGAUCAGACAACAGCAGCUGCAGUACCAACAGAUGGCUGCACUGAACGAAGCCUUGAAACCACCGACUGAACUAGCGUCAUCACUAUCAUCAGCAGAAGCAUCAUCAUCAGCACUCGCAACAUCGUCCUCUCAUCAGCACAAACUGACCGAGAGACAGGGAAGUGAUAACGAUGAUGAUGAUGACACUGAUGAUGAAGAAGAGAAUGCUGAUGUGGAGGCUAACAAGAUAACCGCCAUGGAAACGGAAGAACAAAUGGUUGUAGGCGAGAAUAACGCGAACGAAAGUAUGGAAUCGAAAGAAAGAGAACUCAAAAGAAUGUUAAAUACGCCUGCACCUACCCAAGAUAAAGAUGAUGAUGACGCUGGUUCUCACCAAACGUCAGAGCACGUUGCUGACAAUCAAACAACACAAGUAGCUGAUGAUAGAAACGAGGGCGAUGUUGCUGAAGAUGGUGCUGAAGCUAGCGAACCGAAACAAAAAAUCAGAAAGACGGAUGCUAGCGUUGGUGAAGAUGGUGGAGAUAACAGGGCUUGAAUCGUCAUAAUUUUUGUUACAACAACCUUACCACUUGUAACUAUUCAUUGACUCUACUUUGUAUAGUUAGGACUUUCUAUGAUGUUUAGAGAACCACUGUUAAUCACAAUGAUAACUGAUAAUAAUUUUUACCAUGAUGGUGACUUGACAACUAUAAUUAUUGAACAGAUUAUUACAAUUCUUAACUAUUGAGCAGAUUAAUACAAUGUUUCUCUUUUCAUGUUGCCUAAGUUAACAGGCAUGUGUGCUGAGUGUUUUGUUAUGUUGUACUAUAAAAACACUUGCCUUAUGAAAAUUACUCUGUUUCUUGUUUAGUUCGUACAACGGUUUAAAAGUUUUAGGGAAGUUAAAAAUUCGAAUAAUGACCAGUUUGGUAGUUUUUUUCUACGUCAGUUGUUAAGUUGUUGAAUACGAAGUAGAAUUCCUAUUAAAAAUUAGUCAUCAGAAGAGAUAUGCAACACUAGCGACAAUUGAAGACCGGUGGGUACCACCGUUGAAGUACGCAAACCAUGUGAAUAAAUUAACCAUGCUACAUGCUGAAGUGCUCUAAAGCUGGAAAAUUGUCCAAUUUUGGAGCCUUGCAACAAGGCUAACAUUAUAAAUCUCUAACAUCUGAAUACACAUUUUGUAAAAUAUACGUUGAUGUAAUGGUCUAGACGUAUCUAGAUGUAUUGGGCCAAACACGCAAGAUGAUUUACUGUUGAGGAAUUGUAGUUGCGAGAUUGCAUCGAACCGUCAUGAUAAUGAUAUUAAUUUGAAAUAAUAAUGUAUUGUAACAUAAUAUUUAAUUUUUUGGCUUACAAUCAUUUGAGUGAUCGUUGAAAUGCGAUUUGAACAUCGUGAUGAGUGAGUUUGAAUACAUUUUUUAAUGAAAUUGUUUGCAAGUUUUGAAUUUUGUUUCUUAUUGGAGUGCUCUAAAUUUUUAUUCGAAAAUAAAUAUAUACUUUGUCGUUUGAAACUAUCAUUGGAAAUAUGUUUGAUGUUCAAAAUUGGAUAUACAAUGUAAUUUCACUACAUAUCAUUAAAGAAUAAA